GCACUGUUCGUGGGUUGAACCGUGUGGUCUUAGCUUUUAAAAGGAUUUGAAGGCAGAGACACCCACACUGUAAGCGAAACAAAAAGUCUGUUCAGCUUUUCGGGCUGAAGCUGUUUCAGCAACACCGUGUGUGUAUUUUGCUCCAGCCUCGUGUGAAAUCAGCAAAACUCAACUCAGAACGCAAAUGGCCGGUUUAAUAUCGUUGUCACUUUGGUGGAUUUGGCUGUCUCUCUCGGUUUUAUGUUUAAAUGCUUCUAAAGACCCGAAACCUAUCACAGCUGAGUCUGGACAGGAUGUCACUUUCCCAUGUCGAGCUCCAAGGAAGGACGACGCUAUCAUAGUUGUAGAGUGGAAUAGAGCUGACCUUGGGACAGAAUAUGUCUCUUUGUACCGCGACAGGAAAUUUGUUCCAGACAACCAGCAUCCAUCUUUUAAGAACCGGGUGGAUCUGCAGGACAGACAGAUGAAGGAUGGAGACGUGUCUUUGAUUCUGAAGGCUGUGACAACUAAUGAUGCUGGAACAUACGAGUGUCGAGUUUUCCAAAGAGGAACACACCGCAGGAAGAGAGCUAAUCUGAAGAAUGACCCCAUCAGCACCAUCACACUGAGAGUUGUUGUUCCUCCAG